GUAUUAGUACACGACUUUCCUUCUCGUAAAUAGCAUGCGAUUGAAAAAAACACUUUUUGUUUCAUACUUUCUUUCUCUCCUUGUCCUACACACAUCUUCGGCAGCUAUGAUCACAAAGAAGACUCGUUGUUUCAUUUUCUCCAUUUUGUUUUUCCUAUGUUUCUAUAUUAACAUCAAUCUUUCCCUAGGAGGUGACAGCAUCAGAGCAAACAAAUCUCUCUCUGGAAAACAGACAAUCGUGUCUUCUGGUGGGACUUUUGAACAGGGAUUCUUCAAACCAGGUACUUCUUCCAGUUAUUAUAUUGGAAUUCGGUACAAAAAUAUUAGUCCAAUGACCAUAGUUUGGGUAGCAAAUAGGGAGACACCCAUUUCAGGCAUGAAAUCUACAGAACUUAAGAUUUUAGAUGGGAAUUUGGUGCUUAUGGAUGAGUCCCAGGUUUCAAUUUGGUCUACAAAUGUAAACUUGACAACCUCAAAUUCUGUAGUGGCAGCUCUAGGUGAUAAUGGAAAUUUAGUAUUGAGAGACGAGUCAGAACCUAGGACAAGUGAAGGAUUUUGGCAAAGUUUUGAUAAUCAAACAGAUACGUUGUUGCCCGGUAGCAAGAUUGCCUAUAAUAAACAUACAAAAAAUGAGAAAGUCCUCACUUCUUGGAGAAAUUCUGAGGAUCCUGCACCUGGGCUUUUCUCCAAUGAAUUAGAUCCAAAUGGGAGUCAAUGCAUUAUAAGAGGGAAUAGAACUAAAUGGUACUGGACUAGUGGACGUUGGAAUGGGCGUUUUUUCGUUUCAGUCCCCAAAAUGAGUCUGUACAAUAUUUAUAAUCAUAUUUAUGUUGACAACUUUAAUGAGAGUUACUACACUUAUUGUCUUAAUAAUCGUUCCAUUAAAUCUCGAUAUGUGAUGGAUGUUUCCAAAAUGAAAAUAAAAAAUUUGGAAUCCGGGUGUGAACAGUACCCGUGA